AUGCCGCGCCGGAUGGACCCAGUACAAGCAAUACCUGCUAAGAAUCUCAUAGUAAUCAGCUCACAACCAGUAAAUCCAUCGCCAGCGCCUCGCCAGCCGCCGCAGCAGCAACCUCACUUUGCAACGCCUCUGCUGUGGCAGCAGCCUUACUUUACAACGCCUCCGCCGUCGUAUGGGCACCCAAGCCAUCAACCGCUGCCACCAAUGGCUUACAAUCCUCUCUACCUGCCCCAACAACCUCACAACAACGCGCAGAUAGCGCCUCUGGGCAGCUACUUUCAGCACCCAUCGCGACAAUUGGCAGAUCAAACGCAGUACUGGGCGCCGCCGCCGCCGCCGCCGCCGCCAGCGACGUCUAUCACCAUCAACAACACCAUAAACAACGUAGUUAACUACGACGAUAGCUUCAGAUUUGCAGUGCCAGCGCAGAGCUAUGGCUGGGUAGGGCAGUCAAAUCUAUACAACGGGCAGUAG